AUGCGCAAAACAAGUGUGGGAAUCAUAUUCAGCCUGAUGCACGCUGUGCUAGCUGAUUACACGGAGAAGAAGCUGGACCUAGUGAGCAUGACCAAUGACUCAGCGCGGUUGUACAACGGAAUAAAAGAAGAGAAGUACUGGGUACUUAAAAAUGGAAAUUCAGGAUCGAUUCUAAACCUCAAAACAAAGAAUGUGGACCAUGACGAGUGGAGCUUUGAAAUUGCGUUCAAAAUGCCCUCCCUGAAGUACCCGGAGUUUGCAGGGCUGUACUUCUGGUACACCGAUGACCCUAUCAAACAUGGAGGAUUCAAAGGCGCGAAUGGAAAGUUCAGCGGAGUGAUGGCAGGGCUGGAGUUUGUAGGCAAGUCUGUGGACAUAGUCAUAUCUGUGAACCAUGGAGAGGCGGACUACACGGGAAUAAAGCCAGAAGACAGCGAGCUGAAGGACUCUCCAGACCCAAACAUCUUCAAAAACCACACUGACAUGACUCUUAAGAUAAUUUCAACAGCUAAAAAUUUUAAGAUUGAAAUAUACGAUAAAGACAUGGCUCUUCUGUACGACAGAGUAAGGUACACGUCUAUGACAGAAAUAGGAACAAGACUGUCAGGGAAAUACUUUGGGCUCUCAACUGACUAUGUGAGCGCAAAACACGAGACAAGCUUCAAGCUGAAAGACCUCGCCCUAUUCGAAAGAGAGGAAAGCGAGAAGUACAUGGCAGAUGCAUACCACACAGAGGUGCACGAUAUAGUUCCCAGACUAGCACAUGAGGUGCCUCAUCCAGAGGAGGAGAUACAGCACACAAUAUCAGGCAUAGAGCAUCUUACAAAGUACUUACGCGUGGUGCUUGGAGAGCCGCAAAGCAAGCCUGUAGCAGACAAUGUGUUCUACAUAAAAAAAUCAGUGAACUUCCAGAGCGCGCACAUUCUUGAGCUACGAGAUGCGCUUAAGUCCGUUAUAACUGUAGGCAAGAAGCACGCCAUGGAAGAAGAAGUCCACAGACAGGAGCUGCUCUAUCUAGUGCAAAGCAUCGAUAAAAAGAUUUCAGAGAAAAAGGCUGCAGAGCAGCCAGAACAGAAACAGAAGGGACUUCCCGUUCUAGGGCUCGUUUUCAUUGGCGCGUCUCUGUUUACCAGCGGGUUCUUAAUAGGAAGAAGGUUUGCAGCCCAGAAGAAACUAGUUUUGCAUUAA